ACUGUCAUCCGCCUGAACAAGAUGCUAUCAGUACUCGCUUCUUCUUUGGUAUUCCUGUCUGGUUUCAUAGGACAUGCAGAUCUCAUAUCUGCAGAUGUACUAUCAAAGCAAGUUGUCAAAGCAGAGCUUUAUGUACGGCCUUGGGCAAGUUCAGUUGAAGGGUUUGGAUUAGAUUUUGGAAGUGGAAGCUGGGGUGGCAGCAGCAGCGGCAGUAACACCGAUAGCGGCAGUAGUAGUAGCAGUAGCGGAAGUAGUAGUAGUAGUAGUAGCAGUAGUAGUAGCAGCAGUAGCAGCAGCAGCAGCAGUAGUAGCAGUGGAAGCAGCAGUAGCAGCAGCAGUGAAAGUUCAAGCAAUAGCAGUAGUAUUUUAGUCGGAAAACGUGAAUGGCACUACCAUUGGGGUGUUGUUGUUACAACUUCAGACAACCAAAAAUGGCUCGUAUACACUACCAAUGAUUAUGGAUUCGACCCAAUAGAAACUGCAUUACUCGACGCACGACGCAUGUCUUCAUCAUGGACAAGAAACAAAUGUGGUGCAGUACGUAACCAUACCGUAAACGAUUUCAUGAAAGCUGGAAGAAUUGGUUGUGAAUACAGCGUUUUCUCAUGCAAUGAUAAAAUGGCUACAGAGGCAAUUUGGCGAUUAGUUACUGAAACAUCUUGUUGAAUUAGGAGCUAAAAAUAAACUGAUAAUU